AUGACGAGCCCGGCACUCAAUUUUAUCACCUUUAACCAGGACCACAGCUGUCUUGCUGUCGCCACGUCGAAAGGUUUCCGCAUCUACCACACCGAUCCAUUCUCUCCUAUUUUCAGCAGCGAUGAAGGCAACACAUCCAUCAUCGAGAUGCUCUUCUCGACGUCGCUAGUCGCCCUUACCUUGACGCCACGCCACUUGAUAAUACAGAACACAAAGCGAGCUUCAGUCAUAUGCGAGCUCACCUUUCCUUCGGCUGUCAUUGCCGUGCGCCUUAAUCGCAAACGGCUGGCGGUUGUCCUGGAGGAGGAGGUAUAUCUCUACGACAUCAGCAACAUGAGCCUGCUACACACUAUUCACACGUCGCCGAACCCCGAUGCCAUAUGCGCCCUGUCACCGUCAUCAGAUAACUCAUACCUGGCCUACCCGCUUCCCGAGCCGCGCGAAGAGGUAGAGGCCUCUAGGCCAUCGCACGCCCCGCCGCAGUCGGCCUACGUGGCCCCGACGUCGGGCCGAGUCCUUAUCUUCGACACAGUCACCAUCAAGGCCGUCAACGUGAUAGAAGCGCAUCGCUCACCGCUGAGCUGUCUGUGUCUCAACAACGACGGUACCCUUCUCGCUACAGCCAGCGAAACGGGCACUAUCAUCCGCGUCUUCUCCGUCCCCAAGGGCCAGAAGCUCUACCAGUUCCGUCGGGGCACCUACCCAUCUAAGAUCUACAGCAUGUCCUUUAACCUCAGCUCGACGCUCCUCUGCGUCUCGUCUACGUCGGACACAGUACACAUCUUCCGUCUCGGCGCACCGCCGGGCCACUCGACACCCGCCGGUGCUCCCAUAGAGCCACCCGGCUCCCCCCGCCAGGACAGAUGGUCCCGCGACCGGUCCUUUGACGACGGAAAUUCGCCUAGCAACAGCGCCGCGGGAUCGCCCCACAGCGACGCCCCCGGGCGCGGCGGAAGCAGCAGCCCUGCCAACAACGGAGGAAGCCAGGGCCAUCGCCGUCAGAGCGGCUCCCUUGGCAGCAUGAUCCGCCGCUCGUCGCAGAUAAUGGGUCGCGGCGUAGUCGGCGUGGUAGGCUCGUAUUUGCCCCACACAGUCACGGAGAUGUGGGAGCCUCUCCGCGACUUUGCCUUUAUCAAGAUCCCCAGAUCCUCAUCCGGGUCAUCCUCGCCCAACGUCUCCCGCAUAGCCGGCGCCGGCGGUGCCCCUCCUCGCAGCGUCGUCGCCAUGAGCAGCAGCAGCCCGCAAGUCAUGGUCGUCACAAGCGACGGAGGCUUCUUCGUCUACAAUAUUGAUUUGGAGAAUGGUGGGGAAGGCAUCCUAGUCAAGCAAUUCUCGUAA